UGUUCAUUUGUAAUGCUGUCUUAAGGAGAUGAGGAGAUGAGAGCGAACUGUUCCAGCAGCUCAGCCUGCCCUGCCAACAGUUCGGAGGAGGAGUUGCCGGUGGGGCUGGAGGCACGUGGGAACCUGGAGCUUGUUUUCACAGGGGUGUCGGCCGUGAUGAUCGGCCUGGUCAUGUUCUCCUUGGGAUGCUCUGUGGAGAUCCGGAAGCUCUGGUCGCACAUCAGGAGACCCUGGGGCAUCGCCGUGGGACUGCUCUGCCAGUUUGGGCUCAUGCCUCUAACCGCCUAUCUCCUGGUCAUCAGCUUCUCUCUGAAGCCAGUCCAGGCUGUGGCCGUCCUCAUCAUGGGGUGCUGCCCCGGGGGGACCAUCUCUAACAUUUUCACCUUCUGGGCUGAUGGAGAUAUGGAUCUCAGCAUCAGUAUGACAACCUGCUCCACAGUGGCUGCCCUGGGAAUGAUGCCGCUCUGCCUUUAUCUCUACACCUUGUCCUGGGAUCUUGAGCAGAAUCUCACCGUUCCAUAUAAGAACAUAGGAAUUACGCUUGUGUGCCUGACCAUUCCUGUGGCCUUCGGUGUCUAUGUGAAUUCUAGGUGGCCAAAACAAUCCAAAAUUAUUCUUAAGGUUGGAGCCAUUGUUGGUGGGGUCCUCCUUUUGGUAGUCACAGUUGCUGGUGUGGUGCUGGCGAAAGGAUCUUGGAAUUCAGACGUCAUUCUUCUGACCAUUAGCUUCAUCUUUCCUUUGAUUGGCCAUGUCACGGGCUUUCUCCUGGCCCUUCUUAGCCAACAAUCUUGGCAGAGGUGCAGGACGAUUUCCUUAGAAACUGGAGCUCAGAAUAUUCAGAUGUGCGUCACCAUGUUGCAGUUAUCUUUCACUGCCAAGCAGUUAGGCCAGAUGCUUAGCUUCCCAUUGGCCUUUGGACUCUUCCAGCUGUUGGAUGGGUUUCUCAUUGUUGCAGCAUAUAAGAUAUACAAGAGGAGAUUGAAGAACAAAUACAGAAAAAAGAACCCAGGUUGUGCAGAAGCCCGCCAUAAGAAGAAAUCCACUUCUCCCAAAGAGACCAGUGCUCUCUCGGAGGUGAAUGAAGAAGCUGCUCUCACUCCUGGGCCGUCAGGGUCCACAGAUCUCCACAGGGCUCUCACGCCAACUGGCCAGAGCUCUUGUGCAGAGUAGGGACUUGCCGGCUUGACUGGUCCCUGUCUUCCUCAGUGGCCAGUGAACACAAUGCAGAGCUGAUGAGUGAAUCUCAUUGGAGGGCUCAUGGGGAUGUUUGAGUGUCAGAUGUUAACAUAUUUAUAUUUUUGUGUGGAUUGUGAAUUGUCAUACGAUCCCCUUUCGAGGAUCGUAUUUCUGCCUAUUUCAGGUUCUUUCUUUGGGGGUUUACACAACAGAUUUACUAGCUGCUGUGUGUGUUCUUGUCUUCCCAUACAGUGAAGAGUGAUCCCCAUUGUUAUGUGAAGUCAUCACGCUGUGAAUUCUAAUCUCAUGAGGGUUAGGACUCUGUAGAGAAGAUGUGACCUCAUAUUGCAGGGCAAGGACAGAGUCUGGACCCACUUGACUUCUCAACUUUGGGCAAGUCCUUUGGGGCACUGGGGAGGAAGCUUACAACUCUUAUAAAAAUGGGGUCUUUUAUCAAAUUAUUGUUGUUUUUUAAGGGCUUGAAAAUCUUUUUAGAUUAUUUAUAGAUUUAAUACAAGCCUAGAGGGAGUUUAAUGAACACUUGAAGUUAACAUUUUUAUUCCCUAGAGAUAGGCACAUGUAUAUUCUUCUAAUAUACAUUUAUGCAUUCUGUCAUUUUAAAAACACUGAGAUCAUUCCACAUAUACUGUUUCAUAAGUCACUUCACGACAUAUUGUGGAGCAUCUUUAUGUGUCAGUCUGUGUUGACUCACCUCAUUCUUUAGAACAGUGGCUUCACAGAAGUAUUCCAGUGCAUGAAAGGACAGUAAUUUAUUUAACCAUUCCUCAUUCACAGACAUUGAGAUAGCUUUCACCUCUUGGAGUUACAGUGCUGCUCCAAACACCUGUGGCUUCAUGCAAGUAUUUCUGUAGGAUCAUUUUCCAGACUUGAAUUGCCAGGCUGAUUGCACAUUAAAAUGUCGGGCAGAGAACUCUCUGGCAACACUGUUCAGCAGUGCCUGAGAGUGUCUGGUUUCCCACAGCCACACCGGUCUUAAGAAUGCUCAUUCUGCUUUGUGAAAGUAUCUAUUUAAAAUUGUAUUGUUAAAAUUCAGUGAAGCAGAGUAUUUUUCAUGGAUGCUUGCUUGUUCAUGUCCUUUGCCUGCUUUUCUAUUGUAUUUUUUCCUUUUUGAUUGAUAAUUUUAACACAUUACAGACAGUGACCCUUUGUUUUAUGUUCUGUCAAUAUUUUACUCUUUUGUCUUUUAUUUUUGUAAAAGGUUUUUUGCUGUACAGAAGUUUUAUAUUUUUUAUGUAUACAGCUUUAUUAGUCUUUUAAAAAAUGUUUUUUGACCUUAAUAUCUGUCAAAUGUUAGAAUAUUGAUAUUUUUGUGUGGAUUCUGAAUUGUAAAAGGAGCCCUUUCUGAGAAUGUAUUUAUUUCCUUUUCAGGGAGUUCUUUUUGGAGAUUAACACACAUAUUUACUAGCUGCUGUGUAUACUGUGUCAGUAGAUAACACCCAUCCUCCUUCUCUAUUCUAACUAUUAAAAGUAUUUCCCAUAUAUUUUUCUAUUACUUUGGACUAAAGAUGUACAUGUUUAUUCCAUUUUGAAUUUAUUUCUCUCUAUGGUGUGUUAAGAAUCUAAUUAAUUGUCCUAACAUCAUAUAUUAAAUCAUUCAUCUUUUCUCUGAUAUGAAAUGCCACCUUUAUCACAAAAAUUUUUAUAUAAUGUGUUUUUGUUGGACUCUAUUUGGUUCCAUUUUUUUCUGUUUGCAAAUUUUGAAGUGUAAGAAAGUGUAUUAUGUGCGAUUUAGUGCUUUACAAUUUUAUUUUGAAUGUAUACCCAAGAACUUGUGGGUUAUAUAUAUAAUGACAAUGGUUAUUAUAGUAGUUUCACAAUUAAGGGCAUCUUUGUGGUAGUACAGAAAGAGCUCCAUUAGGCAUCACAAGUAUAUUUAUAUGGAAAAGAAGUACACACAUGUGUGACAUGAUUGUUAAUUCUUAACUGCUUCAGUGAACAUAGUAGAAUUAUAUGUUUAGAGAGCCCCAGUUCUGAAAUGAGCAUUUCCAUGAGUUUUAAAGGAUCCACAAAAACGGAAUUUCUAAAUUGUUUUUCUACACAGGCACCUAACACAAAAUGGUAAAUUCUAAUGCUCUGUUCUUAAAGUAUUAACUGCGUGAUCAGUAUUUACCACAGUCAGGACAGGUCUGGAGACAAGUCUACCAAAAGCAUCCUUUAAGACAGAAACAACACAAAUCAAUGUCAGGGUUUGAAAGUAGUCACAUUGGGAGACUGCCAUCUCCAGAGAUGGUUUGUAAACAUGUUACUGACAAGAACUAGAACUAGUCAAGUUAUCCAGGAGGACCACACAUUAUCUUUAAAAAGAAGAAUGUAACUAAACAAAAGUGCUUACUGAAUAAAUUAUAUUCUAACUGAUCUCAAUAAUCAUGCAUUCGUAAAAGCAGGGCCUAUAUGAAGCUCAGAAGUGGGGCCAGAGAAAUAAUGUUAAGCAGAAUGAGGCCAGCUCUGUGUCUGGAAAAGAGCCAUGUGGACAGUUGAGGCAGCAGAGUGUAAAGAACACGGGCUUUGCCAGGGCUGCUUGCUGUAAUCCACUUAAAGAGCUAGGAUGCUUUAGGACUU